UUUUGUUCCACUGUUGAUUUCCAAGGUUCUUUUUUUUUUUUGUUCUUUUUUUCUUUUUCUUUUUUUUUUAAAAAAAGAUAAUCUACCUUUUUCGGCUGUGAGUAGCAGGAGCUUCCAUUCUCCAAACUCUCAUUGAAACCCCUUCCUUAACUAGUUAGGACCUGAUAACCUGGUAUUCCUCAAGCACCUGAAACUGGCAGCUAUUCUCUUUGUCUCUGUGUGUUUGGGGAGCUCUGUGACCACAGCCUAAGCACCGCUCAGCCUUCUAGUCACCUAAGCCUAACUAAAGCCAGCCAACUCUAGCCUGGUCCAGCCCAGUCCAGCCUGCUCCGAUUAUCUGGACAGGAUACUCAGUUCUGUGUGGACGUGAGGAAUAUGACUGCUGAGACUCUUAACUUCGGCCCAGAAUGGCUUCGUGCACUGUCCAGUGGGGGGAGUGUGACGUCUCCCCCUCCUUCCCCCGCCAUGCCAAAGUACAAGCUGGCCGAGUAUCGCUACGGCCGAGAGGAGAUGUUAGCACUUUAUAUCAAAGACAACAAGGUCCCAGAGGACAUGCAGGAUAAGGAGUUUGCUGCUAUUCUGCAAGAUGAGCCCAUGCAGCCAUUGGCACUGGUGCCUCUCACUGAGGAGGAGCAGAGGAACUUCUCCAUGUCUGUGAACAGUGUGGCAGUGCUGAGGCUCAUGGGAAAAGGGGUAGGUGGGGCUGCCCCAGCUGGAGUGGUUCGUGGACGAGGGGCCACGCGAGGUGGUCGAGGUCGUGGUCGGGGUGAAGGUGGAUUCUACCAAAGAAGUAUUGAAGAUGCAGAGGUGGGUUUCGGUCGCAGUGUCCGAGAGAUACACCGCAGCCAGAGUUGGGAUGACCGGGGUGAGCGUCGAUUUGAGAAGCCGCUGCGGCGGGAGGUGGGGCGUCCUGGCUUUGAAGAAACUGCAGGUCCCGGGGGUCCUGGGAGGAAAGAGUACACAAGGGCUGACAGCGAUAACUGGCGCACCCUCCGAGAGGAGCAGGAGGAGGACGAGGGGGAGCCGGGCAGCAAUUGGAGACUUGCUGGGUCCCGCAGGGAUGAUGGUGGUCCUCGCUCAGCAGGCUGGCGGGACCACAGCGGUCCAGGCGAAGGGCGUCGUCGGAAGUUUGAUUUUGACUUCCGGGACUCUGAUGGUCACGGUGCUGGCCGCCGACGUGCAGGGAGUGAGGGACUAGAGGACGACAGGGAUGGCCUGCCUGAGUGGUGUACGGAUGAGGAGGAUGGAGAGAUGGGCACUUUUGAUUCAUCUGGAGCUUUCAUGCCCCUGAAGAAGGGUGGCAAGGAGACAAUCCUAGAGGAGGAGCUGGACUUUAAGGGCAUUGAGGAGGAGGAGGAUGAGGAGGAGAGCCACCCUGACACAGAAAGGAACAGUGCUGAAGGAGACAAAGACAAGGAGUGUAAAGACGCCAUGUCUGGUGUAGGAGAUGUCAAGACAAAGCCAGCGUCACCCUCAUCAUCUCCUCCAGCCCUCUGUGCCCCUCCUUCUCUGGAGUCCCAACCUGGGAAUGUUGGCCAAGUGGUGGAUAACACUCCGCUGAGUAACAGCCACUCGGUCAAGGCCAACAGCGCACCUGGCGAUGACUUGGCUCCCAUUGGGGGCUCCAAGACCCAGCUGAGCCCUAUUGCCACCACCUCCUCCAGCUUACCUCCUCCACCUCCUUCCUCUGCUGCUCCUCUCUUGCCUCCUUCUGGAGGUGAUACAGAGGAUGAUGAUGGCAUGAAACAUCUGCAACAGGAAGCAGAGAAGAUGGUGGCUUCCCUUCAGGACACCUCUUUGGAGGAGGAAUGUUUCACCCAGGCUCUGCAGCAGCAGGAGAGCAGGAACACUGCAGCAGCUCUGCCAUUAGGUCAUGAGGCUGCCAUGAAGUGGUUCUACAAGGACCCCCAGGGAGAAAUCCAGGGUCCGUUCACCACAGUUGAGAUGUGCGAGUGGUUCCAGGCUGGCUAUUUCACCAUGAGCUUGCUGGUAAAACGGGGCUGUGACGAGGGUUUUCAGCCCCUGGGGGACGUCAUCAAGAUGUGGGGCCGCGUGCCCUUUGCCCCAGGGCCCUCUCCGCCGCCCCUGCUGGUGAGACAGCUCCCACCAACGCAGCGCCCGCAGCCCAACCGGGGGCCCGCCGGGACUGGAAACCUGGACCAGGAACGCCUGAAAAAGCAACAGGAGCUUGCAGCCGCAGCUCUUUAUCAACAGCUCCAACAGCAGCAGCUAUUCCAGCUCAUUAACAGGUGCAGUGAGCAGGGUGUGAUGCCUUCGAUGAACAGGUCGAUGUCAGUGCCAGAUACAGGGUCCAUGUGGGACAUGCAUACCUCAGCUUCACAGCCGUCGGGCGGUGAAGCCAGUCUUUGGGACAUAACAAUGAAUCCUUCUACUCAGGGUCCAACUCUCGAACAGCUUCAGAAGGUGAGUUCACUUCUCCAGCAGGAGAGGCGAGACGCUGAACUCAGGGCGAAGCGUGAGGAGGAGGAGCAGCGUAAGCGAAGGGAGGAAAAGAGGAGGCAACAGGAGGAGCAGAAAAGAAGGGAAGAGGAGGAACUCUUCAGACGCAAGCAGUGUCGUCAGCAGCAGGAACUGAUCAUGAAGUUGCUGCAGCAGACCCCUCAGCAGCAGGGGCCCGGGGCAGGUGGCUCAAGUUGGAGCGGAGCUUCCUCUUCUGGGCUUUCAAAGGCAGGAAAGCCCCCGGCUCUGGCUUUGCUGGAAAUACAACAGGAGACAGAGAGGCUCCUGAAGCAGCAGCAGCAGCAGCAGAGAGCCCAGCAGCAGAGAGACAGACACCCUGGUAUGUCUAUGGGGAGCUCCUCCAUGGGAGGGCAGUGGGUGGAGGGUGUUGGCAUGUGGGGUAGUGGUAUGGAGGGUAAGGGUGGGAGUGGAGGCUCUUCAGGCAGCAUGGGCAUGUGGGAUGAGGCUCUGAAGAACCAGAGCAGCCUGCGUGGGAGCAGCAACAACAACAUGGGCUUGAAGAAUAGCCGCAGCAGCCCCUCCCUCACUGAUCAGUACAUGAUGCGUCGUAAGAGGACAGAGGAGGAGGAGAAGCUGCUGAAGCUCCUGCAGGGCAUGAAGCCUCAAGAUGGCUUCACCACCUGGUGUGAACAGAUGUUGCACGCUCUCAACACCUCUGCCAAUAACUCCUCCUCCUCUCUGGAUGUUGCUACAAUUGUAGCAUACCUGAAGGAGGUGGAGUCUCCCUAUGCAGUGCUGGAUUUCAUCCGGUCCUACCUUGGAGACACAGUGGAAGCCAAAGAGUUCGCCAAACAGUUUCUGGAGCGACGUGCCAAACAGAAAGCCAACCAACAGAGACAGCAGCAACAGUUAUCAAAGGAAGUGGGUGGAUUGAACAUGAACUUCCCUCUGCAGGACUCGAUGCGAGGUAUGAAUCCAAGCACUCUGCAGUCCAUGUUCCAGGCCAACCACAUGGGCAAAGCUGGUCUCUAUGACAACCAGGGGGGGAAAAUGAAGAAGAAACAGCCCAUGAUGCUGCACUCUGACCCCAGCAUCUUAGGGUACUCAUUCCACAACACGGGCGAGUGUCUGAGCCUGAAUGAGAUGGAGAUGGUGGAGGAUUACUGAUGUGACGCAGCGCAGCAGCAAUAGCUACCUGAGGCCUUUCUUUUAAUCAGACAAACCUGAUGACGAAUGUGCACUGCUGGGGGAACCGGGGGCGGGUGGACGGGUGGGCUCGGAAAGGGAGCGAGCGUAAGGGGAUAUGCAGGGUGGAGGCAUUUAGAUGUCUCUCUUUCCCUGAUAACCUUUGAAUAGAGAGAAAAAAUGGGCUCCCUGUUGCAUCAGUUGAUCACUAGAGCAGGGGAGAGGUGGGUGAGAUGGGGUGAGGUUGAGAUGGGUAUCCUCUGGCACUCAAAAGAUUAAGCACCUUAUACUGAACUAAUGCACUUUAUUGAGAUGGGAUUUGAAUAGAUGUUUUUGUUUUUUUUGUUUUUUUUUCUCGUGUGGUUUUGGAAUCAAUGCACAUAUGGUAUGUGUACAUACACAUGAUCUGUGUGCAUCGGAACUGGAAGGGGGGGGUGGGCGGGGUGGUGAAUAGUCAAGCUGUUAGGUUUUCAAAGUCAGGGGGACCUUUAGUUGAAACCUUAUCAGAGAGCAAAUCCUUUCUCAAAAGACAAACACUGUUGAUAUUUCUCUUGUUGAGCAUUUUUUUACGUUUAUAUAAAAAGUAAAGCUAUUGAAAAAAUGGAUUAUAAAAAAACUUGAAGAUUUGCACUUGCCUAAAAAAAAGAAAUGACAAAAAACAACAAAAAAAUUCAAACAAAUGGGGUUAGUGAUAGAAGUGAAUAUUUUUGUGAAUGUGUAAGAGUGGGUGUGUGUGCGUGUGUCUGAUUUGUGUUGGGUUGUGUCAGUAAUAUACAGUCUGCACAAUGUUUUUUUUUUUUUUUUUUUUUCGCUUAAGAUUUAUGAAACAUAAGAGGCCAUUUGUCUUUUUUUUUUUUUUCUUUUUUCUUUUUUUUUUGGUAAUUUGUAUUCAUGUUUUCAGUGUUUGUCUCUGUCCCUUUCCAAACAGGGAUUUGAUCUGUUUGUUUUGAGUGUGACUGAAUGAGAGAGAGAGGGCAAUUGCACAAAAAUCCUUUCUCUCACCAGCUCUUCAUCACCAGUUAGAGAAAAAAAAAACAGUAUAAAUGCAUUCAUUUGUAAAUGUUAGCUUUGUUCUCAUCACAUGAUGGCCACCACUAGUUCAUUUCCCUCAGUUUCUGUGCUGUCUGUACACCUGUAAAAACCGGCAGACAUGGUGAAUCAUGAGGGACGUUGGUGUGUGCGUCUAAGAUUCUGUGUGCUUGUGUUUUACAUGACAUGUUCAUUUACUGUUCAUAGAAAUGAGUUAAGACUACAGGUACUCAUUUUGAAUACAUGUGCUUAUUUUUUUAUGUGUAUGAAUGCACAUUUGUGCCUAAGAACUUUGAUAGGGUGCAUGGCCAUUGAGACAUUAACUCUUUUUGAGAGCGAGUGUGAUGUGUGAGGUGCUCAGCACAUUGUAUGUAAGUUUAUAUUGUUUAAAAAGAAAUUUGUAGUUCAGUCUAGGAGUGAUCCAUCGAAAGAUUAGUCCAGUCUUUUCCUGGGGUGUGAUCACGUUGCCUUUUGUCAGCUCUUGAACUUGUGAAUGAAAGGUGUCGAGUUUCUGACGCUGGAAAAAAAAAAAGAAAAACACAAAAAAACAAAAACAUACUGCAUCUUAAUGUGCAAGUGCACAGAAUGGUGCAUGAAAUGUUAGCAUAUUGUGUUACUUAUUCGUUGUUGCAAUUUGAUAAUGACGAGUUUUCUUUUUUUAAAAAUGAAAAAUAUAUAUGGAAUAUAUACAUUAUAUACAAAGUUUAAAAAGUAUUUGGACUAAGAUAAUGAGCACUUGGGGCUGCUAUUUUUGUUGUGUGUUUUGAAUUUUUUUUUUCCUUAAUUUGUUUUUCAUUUUUGUGUCAUUAUUGCCAUGUGAAGUGUGUAUUAUUUCUUUCUUAAGAAAAUAUUGAAUGUAUUCCAAAAAAUGACAAGAAACUCGUGCUGAUAACAGAUUUUUUUUUUCCUCAGAAGAUUUCAAAAUGGAAAUGAAAUACAAAAAAAAAAAAAUUUCAAAGAGGUUUUCAUUACAAUGGGGAAGGAAAAAAAAAACUCGGGAUGGAUACAGUUGAACACACUGCCUCUACAAUCCUGGUCGUAGUGACUCAGAAUUAAAAGAAAGGACUCUUUCUAUUCCAUACUGGAGCUUUGGUUGUUUACAAGCCACAUGGAUAACUUGUGGGUGCAGUUUUGUUUUUUAUUUUUAAUUUUUUAUUUUUUUUUUGUUCCCACAUAAGAUGGGUGGGUUUGCAAGUGCGCUUCUGCCAUAUGGACACUGAAUGGUGUUGGGGUUUCAUUUCUUUUUUUUUUUUUGUGUUAUUAUUUGAGGACGAGUGGCAGGCAUCACAUGGACAAGCUCUUUGAACUUGGCCUCUAUUUUGUAUUUUCUUUUAUUUUUCUUGGGUCAUCUUGUCCUUAGACUCGAUGAUCAACGGAGGCAGAAAAAUCAAGGAUGGGCUUUGGUUUGCGGAGAGCGGAGUGCCGGGACACGUAACCCGAGAGGGGAACUGAGAGGGCAAUAGGAGUACACCUGGUUUGUGCGCUCGUCUUCACCUCAACCCUCAGAAGCACUCACACCUUGCCCUCACCAACUCACCUAUGCACUUUUGUUCAUUCAAGCUGUGAGGUACAAUUUUGGGGAUGGGAGCACAAUUACAACGGGAGGAUCGCUACGACUUUGACAGUCACUGAAAAGAAAUUCCCAAACAGAAAAAAAAGAGACUCGAGAAGCCCGUCUUCUCUCACCUCCUGUAUAUAACCAUAUUUUUGUAUUACCUUUCAGAAUAGAAAGAAAAUUUGCAAAUGGAUGAAGGAAAAUUCAUGAGACCUUGGAAUGAAUGUUCUUCAUGAAAACCAAUCUUUUUCAAUAUAGUUUUAGAUGGACACUCUGUGAGUUUCCCUUAGUUUGCCAGUAACCUUGAAAUAAUUGGGGAUGGAAGGGAAACCCACAUUGGACUGAGUUGUCAGACGUGCCACAGUGGCUCCAAGACUUGACUGGUUACUUAUCAAAAUGGAUGUUGCAGUGACCACAAAAGAGCCCGCCAAGAGUGUUUAACAUGUACAAAAGAGGCAGACCCUGGUUUGAAGAACUGUUGGCAAGGAUGCUUCCACAUCGUGUCCCAGCCUGAUGGUUGCCUAGGGAGCUGCAGAGCAACUGCAAGAGGAGAAGUGUAUGGUGUCUGGCUGUGCUUUAUUUGCUGCCCUCUGCGAGGAGGAUUUUUAUCUACAGCCAGCCCACGAAUCAGUGAAACUAAACCUGUCCCUUUGAACUUCAGCCCUAAGACACUUGUCUUGACGUCGGACUGGGCAAGGCGUCGGCAUUAAUCGGUUGGACAGAUAACAGAUGAUCACCCAUUGAUUCCAUCUGUGUCAGGAAGAGUUGGUUCAGGAUUUGAUCAGAAGCUCUCCCAACAAGGAAGAAGAGGAAAAAGGCACGUGCCUGCCCAGGUGUCAUGAUCCACCCUCAGCCUGAAACUCUCGGGUGGUUGUGAAGAGGUCUUCUCACCAGCCAGCAGAGGACGCGCCCUCCUGCUCAGACCUCAGUCAGAUUUUCGAAGGAGCUUUGAUCGACAUGGUUGAAUUCCAUCUCAGCCACCAGCAACGCCUGCAGCUGUGGAAGUGGAUGAACUGAUAGAAUUGUACAACAAAAAAAUUGAAACUCUUUAACGUGAUAAAACACAAAACAUGUUGCAGAAAUUCUAGUGUCCAAAGGAGCGGCAGACACACUACAUGCACGGCAAAAGUUACAGCUAAAGUUAUACUGGCUCUCUUCUGGAACCAUGUCUGCACACAUAACAGGGAUACAUUAAUAUCAAACACACAAAGACACACAAGAGGCAAUGCUCAUCAAUAUACAUGCAGAGCUCUGUAAAUAAUGUAAAAGCUUGUGUUUUGAUUUUUCUCUCAUAGUGGGUUUUUGCUUUAUAACUGUUCAACAUGCCUUAAAUUGUAUAGUUCAGUCUUGAAUGGCUAACUGAAAAUGUUCUCCAAGUGAUAACUUUAAGUUGGAAACCACCUUGUUGACUACGCAAGCAUAAGAAAGCUUCAACAAGAUUUGUCAUGUAUAGACCUGCUACUCAUACAUUCAUACACCUUAAAGUUACUAGUUAACUACAGAAUAGAGCAGCAAGUGUUUUUUGAUCUAAUUUUACUGGUGGUUGGCAUUUGUUUCCUUUUUUUGUUUUUCAUUAAAAUGGAGAGUGAAUUUG